ACCCCCGCGCGCUCAGUCUGUUUACGUCGUUGGUGAGAGACUAGACGCCUGUACACCACUGCAAGGUACCCCGGGUUUAUCUCCAACGCUCCGUGAGAGGAAGAUACACCAGAGAUGGCUGCAUGUAAGCGACUAGUCGGCUCAUGGAAUGGAAAGAGAGGUCUCUGACCUGGUUGAACCGUUCCUCGAGUUACAGCCACCACGCUCAGUCUACUGACCGACAUAUGGUAACCUGAAGACGAGGACAUGAGAUCUCACCAACCUCUAUGGCAGGACACGACUGAAGCGAAAGGGAGCUUAUGGCCAGCAGGUGAGUGUUGUUUACGACAAGGAGAGUAAUCCUCAGUCAGACUGGAUUCUGGAGGAGGUGAGAGAGUCGGGGCGUAGAGAAGAGGAGGAGCUGGGUUCCAUCUGGAAUGAAGUGGGAUUCAUGACAAGCUUCUGACGGACGUCCCAAGUAUCUGGUGGUGAAUGCAGACGAGGGAGAGCCGGGGACGUGUAAGGACCGCGAGAUCAUGAGACACGAUCCUCACAAGUUGGUGGAGGGAUGUCUGGUCGCUGGCAUGGCCAUGGGAGCCAGAACUGGUCUGUGCAUAUCACAUACACCUACAUCUACAUCCGUGGAGAGUUCUACAACGAGGCCAGUAACAUGCAGGCGGCCAUCCAGGAGGCGUACGAGGCUGGGCUCAUCGGGAAGAAUGCCUGCAGAUCGGGAUACGACUUUGACAUCAUCAUGCACAGAGGAGCUGGGGCCUACAUCUGUGGGGAAGAAAUGGCCCUCAUAGAGAGUCUGGAGGGGAAGCAGGGGAAGCCACGUCUGAAACCGCCAUUCCCGGCCGACAUCGGUGUCUUUGGCUGCCCCACCACCGUUGCCAACGUCGAAACGGUCGCUGUUGCCCCGGCUAUCUGUCGUCGUGGAGGGGAGUGGUUUGCGUCGUUUGGUCGUGAGAGGAACCACGGGACGAAGCUCUACUGCAUCAGUGGCCACGUCAACUCCCCCUGCACCGUGGAGGAGGAGAUGUCCAUCCCUCUCAGAGAACUCGUCGAGAGGCAUGCCGGUGGGGUCAAAGGAGGUUGGGAUAAUCUUCUGGCAAUUAUUCCAGGGGGCUCCUCAGUCCCUCUCAUACCAAAGAGUGUAUGUGAGAAUGUUCUGAUGGAUUUCGAUGCGCUGGUUGAGGUCCAGAGUGGACUGGGGACUGCUGCUGUCAUUGUCAUGGACAAGAGUGCAGAUGUUGUGGACUGCAUCGCUAGACUCCUUCUCUUCUACAAACACGAGAGCUGCGGACAGCGUGAGCUGUUUAGUUAUCGUGUAAUAAUUGACUCUACCAUUCACUGCAAAACAAAUUGUACUCCGUGUCGCGAAGGGACUGGAUGGCUUACCAAGAUGCUCUAUCGAUUUGUGAAAGGAGAUGCCAGACCAGGGGAGAUAGACAUGAUAUGGGAGCUGAGUAAGCAGAUUGAGGGUCACACCAUCUGUGCACUGGGAGAUGCAGCAGCAUGGCCCGUCCAGGGUCUAGUCCGUCAUUUUCGUCCCGAGCUCGAGAGAAGAAUGGAGGAGUUUGCCAACAAAAGCCGCAAACAGGCCACUGCCUGACACUUGUUGAGCCCACACACACCUCACACGCUGUGUUUCCAUAGUCCAUUCAUGGACACUCCACAGUCAUUUAGUAUCUAUAGACUGUGUAGUGUUUGUGGACAGUGGUAUGUACACAUUUGAGUGGUGUUUAUUGUCUGUGUUCCCAAAGAUAUGUUUGUACAGCCAAGAG